ACCGAUGUGGGACAAUACUAUUCCUUUACUUCAAAACCUUUCCUCUUCCCUGUUUCUGUCUCUGUCUCUGUUCUCGCUCAAAUUUAUGAAGAAGCUCGUUUCAAAGCUUCGAUUUUUCUCCUCUUCUUCGAUAGUUCCACGAUGCAACAAUACACCUAAACCUGUUCUCAAUCCUCUUUAUAAUCUACUUCCCCAGACUCAAAACCCUAACAAAAUCGUAGAUGUAAUCUGUUCAACACUCAACCACCGUGAUCAUUCCGUCUUGUUACCUAACCUUCGUGACGAGGUUAAAUCGCUGAUUCCUCAUUUGGGUUACUCUGAAAUCUCUAGGGUUUUGCUUAGGUUUCAAUCUGAUGCUUCUCGAGCUCUUGCAUUCUUUAAAUGGGUUAAAUUUGAUUUGGGUAAGAGACCUAAUGUUGGUAACUACUGUUUGUUGCUUCACAUUCUUGCUUCGUCUAAGAAGUUUCCUUUAGCUAUGCAAUUUCUCUCUGAGUUGAUUGAAUUGACGUCUAAGAAAGAAGAAGAGGAUGUGUUUAGUGUUUUGGUUUCUGCUUCUGAUGAAUGUAAUUGGGAUCCUGUUGUUUUCGAUAUGCUUGUCAAGGGUUAUCUGAAGUUGGGUUUGGUAGAAGACGGGUUUUCGACGUUUAGGAAGGUGAUUGAUUCCGGUUUUCGUGUUAGUGUUGUUACUUGUAAUCAUCUCUUGAAUGGGUUGCUGAAAUUGGAUUUGAUGGAGGAUUGUUGGCAAGUGUAUAAUGUGAUGUGUAGAGUUAGAAUCCAUCCUAAUACGUAUACGUUCAACAUUCUUACGAAUGUGUUCUGCAACGAUUCGAAUUUUCGUCAAGUUGAUGACUUUUUGGAGAAGAUGGAGGAAGAAGGUUUUGAGCCUGAUUUGGUUACUUAUAAUACGUUAGUGAGUAGUUAUUGUAGAAGAGGAAGGUUGAAAGAAGCGUUUUAUCUGUACAAGAUUAUGUAUAGGCGUCGUGUUGUGCCUGAUUUAGUUACUUAUACAUCGCUUAUCAAAGGUCUUUGUACAGACGGGAGAGUUAGAGAAGCUCAUCAGACGUUUCAUAGGAUGCUAGACAGAGGAAUUAAGCCUGAUUGUAUGUCUUAUAAUACUCUUAUCUAUGCUUAUUGCAAAGAAGGAAUGAUGCAACAAUCGAAGAAGCUGUUACACGAAAUGCUUGGGAAUAGCGUUGUUCCCGAUAGGUUUACUUGUAAGCUAAUAGUAGAAGGAUUUGCGAGAGAAGGACGGUUACUUGCUGCUGUUAAUUUUAUUGUCGAGCUUAGAAGGUUAAAGGUUGCUAUCCCAUUUGAAGUUUGCGACUUUCUGAUAGAAAGUUUAUGCCAGGAAGGUAAACCAUUUGCAGCAAAGCAUCUAUUAGAACGAAUCAUAGAAGAGGAAGGUCACGAGGCUAAACCUGAGACUUACAAUAACUUAAUUGAGUCGUUGUCCCGUUGUGAUGCUAUUGAAGAGGCAUUGGUUCUAAAAGGCAAACUCAAAAACCAGAAUCAAGUACUUGAUGUCAAGACAUACCGAGCUCUUAUAGGCUGCUUUUGUAGGAUUGGUAGGAACUGUGACGCUGAGUCUUUGAUGGCGGAAAUGCUUGAUUCAGAAGUGAAACCGGAUUCAUUUAUAUGCGGGGCUUUGGUUAAUGGAUACUGCAAGGAAUUGGAUUUCGAUAAAGCGGAGAGUCUAUUGAGUUUCUUUGCCAUGGAGUUUAGAAUCUUUGACACAGAGAGUUACAAUUCGCUUGUUAAAGCUGUUUGUGAAACGGGGUGUGGAUAUAAUAAAGCGUUAGAGCUUCAAGAAAGAAUGCAAAGACUCGGGUUUGUUCCAAACAGCUUAACUUGUAAGUACUUGAUCCAAGAUCUCGCGCAAAGGGUCCAGUACUUGCUUAGCACCCAUGAGGAAAAUGAUGUCCUUGUGAUUCAGUGCCCAGAGGAUGAUGAUGAUGUUUUAGUCAUGAGUAGAAUCGUGAAACAUCCGGCUAUUGCUAUUUUGGAUUCCAGCACUACGUUUAAGGAAAUUCGGCAAAUCCAUGCUAAGCUCGUCGUCGACGGGACACUCAACGAUGACCAUCUCGUGGGUCAGUUUGUAAAGGCAGUGGCUUUGAGUGAUCACACAUACUUAAAUUAUGCGAAUCAGAUUCUUGAUAGGUCUGAUAAGCCUACAUUGUUUGCUCUCAAUUCGAUGAUUAGAGCACAUUGCAAGAGCCCUGUUCCAGAAAAAAGCUUUGAUUUUUAUAGUAGGAUACUCUCUUCGGGAAAUGGUCUUAAACCAGAUAAUUACACUGUCAACUUCUUGGUUCAGGCGUGUACGGGGUUAGGAAUGCGUGAGACAGGGCUUCAAGUUCAUGGUAUGACUAUCAGACGUGGUUUUGACAACGACCCGCAUGUCCAGACUGGGUUAAUUUCUUUGUAUGCGGAGCUUGGCUGUCUGGAUUCUUGUCAUAAGGUUUUUAAUUCGGUUUCGUACCCGGAUUUUGUGUGUCGGACAGCGAUGGUCACAGCCUGUGCGAGAUGUGGGGAUGUCGUUUUUGCACGGAAGUUGUUUGAAAGGAUGCCAGAAAAAGACCCGAUUGCCUGGAACGCGAUGAUCUCUGGCUAUGCUCAGGUUGGUGAGUCAAGGGAAGCUUUAAAUCUGUUUCAUUUGAUGCAGUUGGAAGGUGUGAAAGUCAAUGGGGUUUCUAUGAUUUCGGUUUUAUCAGCUUGCACUCAACUGGGUGCUUUAGACCAAGGGAGAUGGGCUCAUUCUUACAUUGAGAGAAACAAAAUUAAAAUCACUGUGAGGCUUGGUACUACGUUGGUCGACUUGUAUGCAAAAUGCGGUGACAUGGACAAGGCUAUGGAAGUUUUUUGGGGUAUGGAAGAGAAGAAUGUGUAUACAUGGAGUAGCGCCCUGAAUGGGUUAGCCAUGAAUGGCUUCGGGGAGAAAUGUCUCGAGCUUUUCUCUCUUAUGAAACAAGAUGGUGUUACUCCAAACGCUGUCACAUUCGUCUCUGUUCUCAGAGGUUGUAGUGUGGUUGGUUUUGUAGAUGAAGGGCAAAGACAUUUUGAUUCGAUGAGAAAUGAGUUCGGGAUAGAGCCUCAGCUUGAUCACUAUGGCUGCUUAGUUGAUUUGUAUGCUCGUGCAGGCCGCUUAGAAGACGCAGUAAGUAUCAUCCAGCAAAUGCCCAUGAAGGCUCAUGCUGCUGUUUGGAGUUCUUUGCUCCACGCAUCUAGAAUGUACAAAAACCUUGAACUUGGCGUUCUUGCAUCUAAAAAAAUGCUCGAGUUAGAGACCUCAAAUCACGGAGCUUAUGUCCUCUUAUCAAACAUAUAUGCAGAUUCAGACGAUUGGGACAAUGUUAGUCACGUUAGACAGUCAAUGAAAUCUAAAGGAGUCAGAAAGCAACCAGGGUGCAGCGUAAUGGAGGUCAAUGGAGAAGUCCAUGAAUUCUUUGUCGGAGACAAAUCUCACCCGAGAUAUACAGAAAUCGACGCGGUUUGGAAGGAUAUCUCGAGAAGGCUGAGACUCGCUGGAUAUAAGGCGGACACAACCCCGGUUAUGUUCGACAUAGAUGAAGAAGAGAAAGAGGAUGCAUUAUGUCUGCAUAGCGAAAAGGCCGCCAUUGCAUUUGGUAUAAUGAGUUUAAAAGAAGAUGUCCCGAUUCGGAUCGUGAAGAACCUUCGGGUUUGUGGAGAUUGUCAUCAGGUUUCUAUGAUGAUCUCCAAGAUUUUUAACAGAGAGAUCAUUGUGAGAGACAGAAACAGGUUCCACCAUUUCAAAGACGUAGUGAAGAGUGUGAGUUAUCGCCAUGGGUUUAUUGGGGACCAGCUUGUUGGCUGUUACUUGAGAUUGGGUCUUGAUGUUUGCGCAGAGAAGCUGUUCGAUGAAAUGCCUGAGAGAGAUUUGGUGGCCUGGAACUCUUUAAUAUCUGGGUAUGCAGGGAGAGGAUAUUUGGGGAAAUGUUUUGAGGUUUUAUCUAGGAUGAUGAGAUCUGAGGUGGGUUUUAGACCUAAUGAAGUUACGUUUUUGUCGAUGAUUUCGGCUUGUGUUUAUGGGGGAAGUAAGGAAGAAGGACGUUGCAUUCAUGGGUUGGUGAUGAAAUCUGGUGUGCUUGAGGAAGUUAAAGUUGUGAAUGCUCUUAUCAAUUGGUAUGGAAAGACUGGAGAUUUGAUUUCGUCCUGCAAAUUGUUUGAGGAUUUGAGUGUAAAGAAUUUGGUUUCUUGGAAUACGAUGAUUUUGAUUCACUUGCAGAACGGUUUGGCCGAAGAAGGUCUGGCUUACUUCAACAUGAGCAGAAGGGUUGGGCUUAAGCCUGAUCAAGCCACUUUUCUGGCUGUUCUCCGUGUCUGUGAAGACAUUGGGGUAGUGAGAUUGGCACAAGGAAUUCAUGGGCUAAUCAUGUUUUGUGGGUUCAAUGCAAACAAGUGUAUAACUACAGCCUUAUUAGACUUGUAUGCAAAACUUGGGAGGUUGGAGGAUUCGUCUACGGUUUUUAAUGAGAUUACUUCUCCUGAUAGCAUGGCGUGGACAGCAAUGCUUGCUGCUUAUGCCACUCAUGGGUACGGAAGAGACGCAAUCAAGCAUUUUGAGCUCAUGGUUCACUAUGGUAUAAGUCCUGAUCAUGUAACCUUCACUCACUUGUUAAAUGCUUGUAGCCACUCAGGUCUCGUCGAAGAAGGGAGGUAUUAUUUCGAAACAAUGUCGAAAAGAUACAGAAUUGAACCGAGGUUAGAUCACUACUCAUGUAUGGUUGAUCUCAUGGGUCGAUCCGGGCUUCUCCAAGAUGCUUAUGGAUUGAUCAAAGAGAUGCCAAUGGAGCCGAGUUCUGGUGUUUGGGGAGCUUUGCUUGGUGCUUGUAGGGUUUACAAAGAUACCCAACUCGGAACAAAAGCCGCAGAGAGAUUGUUUGAACUAGAGCCUCGUGAUGGUAGAAACUACAUAAUGCUAUCAAACAUCUAUUCAGCUUCUGGUCUAUGGAAAGAUGCUUCAAGAAUAAGGAAUCUGAUGAAACAGAAAGGUCUUGUAAGAGCUUCAGGGUAUAGUUACAUUGAACAUGGUAAUAAGAUUCAUAAGUUUGUUGUUGGAGAUUGGUCUCAUCCUGAAUCAGAGAAGAUACAGAAGAAGCUGAAAGAGAUUAGGAAGAAGAUGAAGAGUGAGUUGGGAUUUAAAUCAAGAACAGAGUUUGUAUUACAUGAUGUUGAUGAAGAUGUGAAAGAAGAAAUGAUUAAUCAACAUAGUGAGAAGAUUGCAAUGGCGUUUGGGCUUUUGGUGAUUAGUCCAAUGGAGCCCAUUAUCAUAAGGAAGAAUCUUAGAAUUUGUGGAGAUUGUCAUGAAACAGCAAAAGCAAUUUCUUUGAUUGAAAAAAGAAGAAUCAUUAUUAGAGAUUCUAAGAGGUUUCAUCAUUUCUUAGAAGGAUCAUGCUCUUGCAGAGAUUAUUGGUAGUAUCUCAAUUUCUCAAGUGUGUGUAUAUAUAUGAAAAUUGCAUGCACAUAUAAUAAACUAGAUAUAAAAUUUUGAACUUUUU